CUGUCCUUGUACAUAUUUCUGCAUUUCUUCCGGCGUUGGCGUUGGGGCCUUUCAACAAAUCCCUAUGGAUCCCUAUCAACCCCCCCUCCUCGAAUCCCCCUACCUCCGCUCCCUCUUCGCAGGCGCCCUCGCAGGAACCACAGUCGACAUCUCAUUAUACCCCCUCGACACGCUGAAAACCCGCCUCCAAUCCUCCCCCGGGUUUUGGAAAUCUGGCGGGUUUCGCGGAAUUUACAAUGGCGUGGGUUCAGCGGCCGUGGGCUCUGCUCCAGGCGCGGCACUUUUUUUCGUGGUGUACGAAGGGGUGAAAACGAAUGUUGGGGAGGGGAAUACGGUGGGAGGUCAUAUGUUGGCGGCGAGUUUGGGGGAAAUUGCGGCUUGUGCGGUUCGAGUGCCCACGGAAGUUGUGAAGCAGAGAGCGCAGGCGAAACAGUUUCCUGGCUCGAUGGAGGCGCUGAAAAACAUUUUGGGGAAGAGGUAUACGUGUGGAUUGGCGUCGGUGGGGAGGGAGUUGUAUCGCGGUUGGGGGAUUACCGUUAUGAGGGAGGUGCCGUUUACGAUUAUUCAGUUUCCGCUUUGGGAGGGGUUGAAGAGGUGGGGUUUGGAACGAGGAAUGGAUAGGGGGAGAGAUGUGAGUGCGGCGGAAAGUGCGGUGUUUGGGGCUUUUAGUGGUGCGGUGGCUGCGGGACUCACGACUCCGUUGGAUGUGCUCAAGACGAGGAUGAUGUUGAGCACGGGGAAGGUGGAUGUGUUUUCUUUGGCGGGAAGGAUAUUUAGGGAAGAGGGUGGGAAGACGUUUUUCAGUGGCAUUGGUCCGAGGACUAUGUGGAUUAGUAUUGGAGGUGCGGUGUUUUUGGGAAGUUAUCAGUUUGCGAGCAAUAUGCUUGGUGGUCGAUGA